UUUCUGCCCUCCCCACUCUGGAUCCCCGCAAGAGCAUGCGAGUUGCACGCCGAUGCCUCCGCAGGCAAUGCCGUGGACUGGAGAAAAGCGCGCAGGCGAGGAGGACCAACGCGUGGACCUCACGGCGCGUCACAGCCCUGCCGGCCCGCUGCUGCCCAGCUCGGGCGGAGCUAAAAAGACUGCGGACACCCGGUGCUCCUCGGACGUGCGCGCGCGCGCCGAGGUCGUCGCGGAGGUCGUCGAGAAUGGAGACUGUUCUCGUCUGCGUCGUCGGGCCGUUGCCCCUUGCGCGCAGCAGAGGAAGACUGCCUGCGUGGCUCGGCCACGCGUGCGAAACUCUCUCGCGCGAGGGCGGUCUGCGCGCAGCCCUUGCGCCAGGCAAGGCGGCCCUGCACGGUGUCUCUGGAAAACCUCGGGGUGUGGCAUCCUGCAAAUCUUGCCACGACGCGAGGAGGACCCAGGAGAAGCGUUCCUGGAAUGCCCCGCAAAAGCGCCACCAGGAACUCGCCGGCAGGAGCGCACCGCCAGGGCCGCCAUCCAGGAGCGCCCCUUUCCCGCUCUCAGGAGGCCCGCAGGAGCGCUGCGGGAACGCCCCUGGAGCUGCCAGCAUGGGGGCAGAACUGCGCUUGGCUCAUCACUGUCACGAUGCCGAGUCCCAUCGCAGCUGCGUAAAAACCUGCUUCGGGCGUUCUGCCGGAGGGGUGCGAUAGUUUUAUAACAAAAAACGUGCAUUUGGACAAGAGUCGAGCGGAAAGUGACGGGUUCCUCCGUCUGCACCGCAGCGCUGCGCAGGGCGGUGCCAUCGGGAGCCGCGAGGAGCAGAGAGGAGGAUGAAGGGGAGGAGGAGCAGAGCAGAACAGAACCUCCUGGAGUUCUUGUCCGGCUUCACUCUCAGAGGACUCCUUCGAUACCACUCAACUUACGAUGCGAGCCCCCCCGAAGGUUCAAAGCACAAGCUGCCCUGGCCAACUGGCGCCCCUUCUGGCUGGUGCUGCACCGAAGGCCUGCGCAACAAAAAAAAAGAAGACAAAGCUGGAUCAUCUGCUUGGCCCAGGCCGGGUAGCAGGCGUGCGGCCGACGCCCUGCAAGAGGAGGAGGAGGAGGAGGAGGAGGAGGAGGAGGAGGAGGAGGAGGAGGAGGCGGGCGCUGGACGCAGACCCCGCCCCCGUCCCCCAGAAGCCCAGGCCCCGCCCCCUCGAUACCUGCUUCCUUCUAUUAUUGCAGAUCUCCUCCCUUAGCGGGGCGUGCCCGACUCACGUGUCGUCGAGCAGGCGUGCCGGGCGCUGGCGGCGUGUCCAGGGGCGGCAGCACCCGGCCUCGGCCCCGGUGCUGCCCGAUCCCCCCCGCUGCUGCCCCCGCGGCCCCUACGCGCCCCGCGCGCCGGCGUCGGGGGGCGUCCUGCGCCGCUUGCCGCGGCGGUCGUCCGCGGGGUCGCGCCGCGCGCCCCCGUCGCCGCCGCCUCGCGCAGAGGCCGCCUGGGCGCCGCAGCGCGCUCGUCUCUGGCCUCGCCGGGCGGAGGGGAUCCGCAGGCGCGGCCACCGUGCGGUCGUCCCUGGGGCUGCCCCGCGUCCCGCGCUGGAGCUCGUCCACCCGCCUGCCGAGGGAGCUCUGCUGGCUCUGGAGCUUCUCGAAGAGGCGCAGGACCUCGCUCAGCGUUCGGCUGAUGCUGCCGAAGCUCUUGUCGAGGGGCUGGUUGCAGACCUCCGAGAUCUCGUCGACCUUGGCGCUCAUCUUGUCCUUGAACUCCUCGAACUCGGUCUUCGAAAGAGCGGGAUCAUUCCCUCCGGAUUCCUUUUUCUCCCUCUCAUCCCUGCUCGCCAGCUCGAGCCUCAUGAUCUCAAUGUGGUAGGCUGCCUGCUCCUCGGACAUGUCCUGAAAAGCCUGCUUCAAAGAAUCCUCCGUGACCUCCGCGUCUUCGUCCUCUCCGUGGGCGGGCUCGUCGUCAUUCUCCAACAAUCGCCGCACGUGCUCCAAGCUGUAUUUGAAGCCCUUGGACUUUUUUCGAAACUCGAUGUAGUCUGCCACCUGCUUCCAAAUCGUGGGGCAUUCGGCCUCGGCCUGCAUGCCAAGCUGGGAGUCCACAUGUGUCUGAUGCUUGAUGAUGAUGGCCAGCAGCACGUUGAGCAACACCAGGAAUACUAGAAACAUGUAGGACGCGAGCCAGAUGAACACCAUGAUGACCGGGACACCCGAGGGCAAGUAGGCUGUUUCUCCAUACAGCGAUCGUUCUUCCAUGACUCCGACAUACCACGCGAAGUCGCCGAGCAUGACUUGCAUGCCAGUGUUGAAACUGCUACCGAUGCUGCUGAACUCUUCGAGGUCGUUCCCGAACAGCACGUGACCGAUGAUCGUGAAGGGAAGGAAGAUCGUGAAGAAGAUGAUGAAGAAGUGCGCGAAAUCGGUACUUGCAUGCUUGAACGUGUCGGUCACCACCUUCAAGCGGGGGUUCGAGGUGAAGGCUUUGAAGAACUUCGCCACAAUGCUGACCGUAUUCGCUGCCAUGAACAAAUGCAACCACCUGAACCUCGAUUGCAGGACGUCGACCUCGCUCAUGACACGUUCCACAGAGGCCUCAUCGAGAGCCAUCAGAUCCACCAUCAGCUUGCCGUCAUCAUCCAGGAUCGAUCUCAUCCCAUCGCCAUGCAUCGCCGCCGUGCACACAAGCCAGGUGAUGAUCAGCAACAUGCCAAGCAAGAUGCAGACCCAGUCCACACAGUUCCAGAACUGCCAGUAGUCCUUGAACUCGCCGCAUCCGAGCAUGAGCGAAUGGAGCAUGUCUUUGCCCUCUACCCAUGUCAUCCACAGGAUCACGAUCACGAAGAGUACCUCGGCCAAGAUGACCGACGCCGAUGGGUAUGCCUGCACGGCGACCACCUCUGAAUUGAUCCUGCUGUAAACGGAAGCCCACUCGUAGAAUUUGAUAUUCACCGACGUCAGGCCGAACAUCUGCGCCCUCUCGUUGUAGGUGACGAAGGUGACCACAAGCGUGGCGAUGUCUGGAUCGUCCCACUUGGCAAGGGUACCAGCGCUACCCUGUGCUAUGCACGAUGUGGUCGAGCAGCCUGUCAUCAAGCACUGUGCUGCCAUCCAGGCAGCGACCUCGUCAGCACUCCCUGCCUGGAGCGCCUCCUGACCACAACCCGAGUGCAACAACCACCUCUCCUCCUGAGCACCAUUGCGCAUGCUCUUGAUGAUCUUCAUGUCUCCAAUGAGGACGUGAUUGUUGGCCAACGUGUAAUAUUUCCAAGUGGGGUCUGGGACCGCUUGAGAAGGCCGCGGGAAAUUGAUCACCCCUUUGAUACCAUCUUCGUCUCCGAGGAACCACUCCCAAAAUGCCUCCAUAUUGUCGACGUUGUUCUCGCAGUUUGUGCGCGGAUCUCGCCCGUUGACCCACUCCUCGAGCGCCUUCUCGCUGGUCUGGCGCGGCCAGAUCCUCAAGUGUGUCAUCACCAGCACGACAAAGAGGCACAUGUAGAAGGCAGUGAUCGGGAGCGUCAUGAACGCAUCAUGGCGGUUGGUGAUCUUCACUACGGUGUCCACUAGAAGCUUUACGUUGAUAUCGGGCUUGUCCUCAUCGUCCAUGAAGCGGGACUUCUUCAACAUGCGCGCGGUCUUCCCAUGGAUGGGUCAGGGCCCAGUGCAGGUCCAUCGGCAUGACGGAGCAGUUCUCGAUAGACACCGUCUCCACAUCCUCGACAGAGCGCUGUAUCGCCGGCGUCAGAAAAGCCACGGCCUGAUCCUCGGGCACGGGCGGGUCCAGCUUAGCCGUGAGGACGUUCAGAACAUCCUGCAGUUUUACCUUCCCGUCCUGGUCUGUGCCGAGCGCCUUCGCGAACUCCUCCACCUCCUUCAGCUCGAGCUCCAUGUGGCUGCCUUCCUGGAGCUUCUUCACCACCUCCAGCUCGGUGAUGAUGUCCGUCCUGGUGACCUCGGGGUCCGUCUCCUCGUCGUUCCCAUCCUUCGGCUUGGAGUCGGAUCGGCGGCGCCUUUCAGCGCAGGAUCGGCGGCGCUGGUCGUCUUCCCUUCUUCUUCUUCGCUCACGAUCUCGCUGGCGAUCUCGAUCUCGGUCUCGUUCCAGAUUGUCAUGGUGGCGGCUGUGGUGGGCUUGCUGAACCUUAAGAGCUACGACGCCGGCGGCCAUCCCGCCACGGAGGUCCUGGCGCUACUGGCGCGCUAGUCCUGAGUGAUAGUCAGGAUCAGGAGAACGCCAUGUGGCAGCGCGGAAGGACAACGCGAAAACAACUCAGUCCCUCCUUGCGCUGGAUUGGCU